CUAACAUUUUGUUAUUUUGCGCAAUUAGCAAAUCUUUAAAAACAACUAAAAUUACAUAUACAUAUAUAAUAUAUAUAAAUAUUAAGAAGAACAAAAUGAUUGCUUAUAAAUGUAAGAAUACCAUUUAUGGAUUUAAAAAAGAAUAUGAAUUGUUGAACCCGUGUAAGUAUACAGUAAAAUAUAAAUCGCAUUUUGUAGAUAAACUACAUAUAUAUGAUUCGAAUGGUGAUACUUCCAAAGAUGAAGGGAUAUGGUAUAACAACAGAACAAACCACUUGGAAGAUUGUUUUAAAGGUAUUGAACGCAUUUUUUUUUUUUUUUUUAUAAAAAUUUUGGGGUUUACGAUGAGUCAGAUGUUAGUUGUUGUAUUUAAAAAUAUAUCUUACGUUAAUUUUAAAAAUGGUACAAAUAAUACUUUAGAUAAUACAGUUAAGGAUAGAAGUAGUGUUAAACACAAAAUUUAUUUUAGUUUCUUUAUUGUACUUUUAAAUGGUACGCGAAUGGAUUAUAGCAUGAUUGGAAUGUUUAUCUAUGAAUAUUAUUGUAGCAACGGAGAUUAUUGUAGCAACGGUAAUUAUAGUAACAGUGGAGAUUAUGGCAACAGUGGAGAUUAUGGUAACAGUGGAGAUUAUGGUAACAGUGGAGAUUAUGGUAACAGUGGAGAUUAUGGUAACAGUGGAGAUAAUAAUGACAACAAUGGAGAUUAUGGUAACAGUGGAGAUAAUAAUGACAACAAUGGAGAUAAUGAAAGUAGUGACGAUGAUGAGAACAGUGACGAUGAUGAAAACAGUGACGAUGAUGAGAACAGUGACGAUGAUGAAAACAGUGACGAUGAUGAGAACAGUGACGAUGAUGAAAACAGUGACAAUAAUAAAAAUAGAUACAAUAAAAAUGCCACUAUUAAGGUAAAUAGUAAAGGAAGCAGUAACGGGGAAAAUGGCAGUACGCAACAUGUGUUUAGUCAAAAAUAUAGUAUCGCUGAAAUAAGUAAAAAUGAUUAUAAUAUAAAUGACAAUUAUAGUAAUGAUACGACAAACACUAACAGUACGAUAACUACGAACUGUACUUGCAAUAGUACAAACAAUACUUUAUGCGAACGUAACGACAAAAUAAAUGCAAACUUUAUAAAAGAGAGUGUACUUGGACAUAAUAAUACUAAUGAUGCUAAGAAUGACACUAAUAAUGACACUAAUAAUGAUACUAAUAAUGACACUAAUAAUGAUACUAAUAAUGAUACUAAUAAUGAUACUAAUAAUGAUACUAAUAAUGAUACUAAUAAUGACAUAUCUUUAAAUAAUAUUAGUAUCGUGGAAAAUAACAAAUCAGAGUUUAGAAUGAAUAAAAAUGAAAUUACAAAUGAUAUUAAAACUGAUAUUAAAGCUGAUAUUAAAAAUGAAAUUAAAAUUGAAAAAAGAUAUAACACGCGAGGAUGCACUAAUAAGUUAAUAGGGCAUAUGAAUAAACCGAAUAAUGACGAUAAUGAUAUUUAUAGUAAAUAUAAUAUUUAUGAUUUUUAUUUCACUAAACGUCCUUACAGUAGUAAUCUAAAUGAAGAAAACAAUAUAACUACUAAGAAACCUAGGAAUAGUCAUAAGAUUAAUGAAAAAUCACAAAAAUUAAAUAAUACCAACAAGAAUAAUAAGCAGAACGAGAAUAGUGAUAUCGAUAAGAAAAAUAUUGACAUGAAUUCUGAUGAAAAUAGUGAUAUCAUUAACAGUGAUAAUAAAUCAAACAAUAAUAGUGAGCAUAGUAGUACUGUAAAUAGUAGAGUAAGGAGAGGAAUGAAAAACAAUAUGAAAAAGAGAGGGCGUAAAAGGGGAAGUAAAAAAGUAAAUAAAAGAGCACGUAAUAGUGUGAGUAAUACCCGUAAUAAAAAAAUUGUAAAUAAAAUUAAAAAUAAAACUAUGGUUGAUAUUGUGAGUGAAAUUGAGAGUAACAGUGUAAGUAAAAGCGUAAAUGCCAGUGUAA